GUGUCAAGCCUUGACUCUCAAAUUAUGUCUUUACUCCGGCCACAAAACAUCUUCAGUCAUCUUUGAUGGCGCAUGGAAAGGCGCUUGCCUUGGAGGGAGAACAAACGUGACUGAAUGCACACGGACGGUACUGAGACAGCGGAAAUCCUAUCACAGCUAACAGGGCGCCUGGCAAUCAAGAGACAGAACGAGGCUAAUUGGCCCUCACAACCCGGUAUUAUCUCUGUAGCCACGGACGCCCACUGCCGAAAGCCGGUAGUACACGGUGAGAGCGCCAUCUGUGCGCUUUAUUUUCUCAUAGAGAGCCCGAGCCAGUGGAGACGAGGGGGAGAGAAAGAGGGGGGGAGAGGGGAGUUUGAAUCUAUCAGCCCGCACAAUCUAUUCACCACCUCCGCUGGCAAACGAUGCGCGGUGACUUCUCGGUUCAUAUUUGACGGUUUCACUCCCGCUCAAGAGGACGCACGGGACUCAGAUGGCUGUUUGUUUGCUCCUAAAAUUACAGGCUCACUCACUCCAAUGGUGAGUUUCUUGGCAUAGCUGAAAGCAGAGCGCGCGAUGGCUGAGCCGCAGGCUUCCGAAUCCGUGGCGGGACCCUUGCAAGAGCUCGCCUCCGAAGCGACCACUCCGACCUGGGACUCUGCGGAGAUUGCAGCGGCAGCGUCGGCGCUUAGCAUCAGCGAUACCCACGCCGCGGGCACGCGAACUUACCUGGACGUGUCGGCGGCUGCCUUCGCCGGUGGGUACCCAGUGUACAGGGCCGAGGGAGUGUACUCGAACGGACGGUACAGGGAGCACAUCAGCCCGCGGAUCGGCACCCGAAUUCGCGACAGUUCUGCGGAGAGGUGUCCAGGCACCGGGAAUCCACCUUGCGGUAUUAUGAAGGAUGGCUCAAAGCAGAGGCAGUCAAGAAAGAAGACCGUUUCCUUCAGCUCCAUGCCAAGUGACCGUAAGAUGAACAGCACAGCCGCCUGCAUGGCCUUCAUGAUGGAAGGCUGUGAGAUGAAGAAAGUCCGCUCCAAUUCUCGCAUGUACAAUCGUUACUUCCUGUUGGACCCUGACAUGCACUGGCUCCGCUGGGAGCCAUCCAAGAAAGACUCAGAAAAGGCCAAGCUUGAGAUCAAGAGCAUCAAAGAGGUUCGAUUGGGCAAGAAAACACCUGUCCUGCGCAACAACGGACUCUCUGAUCAGUUCCCAGAUGAGUGUGCUUUCUCAAUUAUAUAUGGAGACAAUUAUGAGUCCCUGGAUCUAGUUGCAAGCACAGCAGAUGUAGUUAGCACCUGGGUGAUGGGACUGCGGUACCUGGUCUCCUAUGGGCGGCACAUGGUGGGUGUAGUUGAGGCCAGUCAGCCCAGUCUAAGAACGUCCUGGAUUGGCUCAGUGUUUGAGCUAGCUGAUCUAGAGAGGCAAGGAUACAUUGACCUGUUUCGGGCCACCCAAAUCAUCAAGGGCCUCAAUCCCGGUAUGAGGGAGCCUCGGAUUGAACUGAAAUUCAAAGAGCUACAGAAAGCCAAGGACUGCUAUGGCGAAGGCAUUGAUUUAGACACGUUUGUAGAGGCCUAUUGUGAACUAUGCACACGCCCUGAGAUCUUUUUCUUGCUGGUACAAUUCUCCAGCAACAAGGAGUACCUGGACUCCAAGGACUUGAUGCUAUUUGUAGAGGUGGAGCAGGGAGUGGAGGGAGUCACAGAAGAAAUGUGUCGGGAGAUUGUACAUAAGUAUGAACCCUCUGCUGAAGGACGCAACAAUGGCUACUUAUCCAUAGAUGGCUUCACACACUACCUCCUGUCAUCCGAGUGCCACAUUUUUGACCCGCAGCACAAGCGUGUUUGUCAGGACAUGACACAGCCCCUUUCACACUACUACAUCAACUCUUCCCAUAAUGCCUCACUUUUGGAGGAUCACUAUUGGGGCUCGUCAGAUCUCAGCAGCUAUGUCCGGGCGCUACGCAUGGGCUGUCGAAGCUUAGAGGUUGUGGUUUGGGACGGCCCUGAUUGCGAGCCUGUGGUAUAUGUUGGGAGUUCCGUUGCCUCCCAGCUGGCCUUCUGUAAAGUUCUGGAUGUCAUUAACCAGUAUGCCUUUGAGAGCUCAGAAUAUCCGAUGAUCCUCUGCCUUGUCACACACUGCAGCGUCCCCCAGCAGAGGGUUAUGGCUCAACACAUGAAGAAGAUUCUUGGGGACAAACUGCAUUUUGAGCCUCCUAAUGCAGAGGAUCACUACUUGCCCUCCCCUGAGAAACUCAAGGGAAAGAUACUCAUCAAAGGGAAGAGGCUGCCUCCAGACUUGCAAGACUCUGAAGGGGAAGUAACAGAUGAAGAAGGGUCCGAGAUGUCUAGAAGAAUGUUAGGUGGAGAUGAUAAAGACCAGCUCAAUGGGAUCGGCUGCAAACGGUUGCGGCUCUGUAGAGAACUGUCAGAUCUAGUCACCCUCUGCAAGUCUGUACAGUUCCGAGACUUUGAAAUGUCGAAACGGGAACAGAAGUAUUGGGAGAUUUGCUCCUUUAACGAGGUUGAUGCCAACCGCUUUGCCAAUGAGUUUCCCGAGGACUUUGUCUCCUAUAACAAGCGAUUCCUCUCACGAGUGUACCCUACACCCAUGCGCAUUGAUGCUAGCAACAUGAACCCACAGGAUUUCUGGAAGUGUGGUUGCCAAAUUGUGGCCAUGAAUUACCAGACUCCUGGACUGAUGAUGGAUUUGAACCUUGGCUGGUUUAGGCAAAAUGGCAACUGUGGCUAUGUCCUGCGUCCCGCCAUAAUGCGCGAGGAGGUGUCAUAUUUCAGUGCCAAUGCUCGUGACUCACUUCCUGGAGUGUCAGCACAGCUUCUGCACAUCAAGAUAAUUAGUGGUCAAAACUUACCAAAGCCUCGGGGCUCAGCUGCUAAAGGCGAUGUUGUUGAGCCGUACAUUUAUGUGGAGAUCCAUGGAAUUCCAGCAGAUUGCGCAGAACAACGAACCAAGACUGUCUCGCAAAAUGGUGACAAUCCCAUUUUUGAUGAAAGUUUUGAAUUCCAGAUUAAUCUUCCUGAAUUGGCUGCUUUGCGAUUUGUUGUCCUCGAUGAUGACUACAUUGGCGAUGAAUUUAUUGGGCAGUACACCAUUCCUUUUGAGUGCCUGCUUCCUGGCUACCGGCAUGUACCAUUGCAAUCACUUAUAGGGGAGUUCUUGCCCAAUACCACGCUGUUUGUUCACGUUGCCAUUACAAAUAGGCGAGGUGGGGGCAAGGCCCAUAAGAGGGGUCUUUCUGUGAGAAAGGGCCGCAAAGCAAGGGAAUACACCUCCACCAAGACCACAGGGAUCAAAGUGGUAGAUGAGCUCUUUAGGGCAUCAACACAGCCACUACGGGAAGCAACAGACCUACGGGAAAAUGUACAGAAUGCCAUGGUGUCGUUCAAGGAGCUCUGCGGGCUGACUCCAGCAGCUAAUAUGAAGCAGUGUAUCCUGACUGUGUCCUCCUGGAUGAUAAACAGCGAGCGGGCGCUGCGGGUGACAGUGGAUCUGAGCGGGGCCUACCCCACCAUGGAAGCCCAGGGCCCCAUUCCAGAGCUACUACGCAAAGUGCUCACUGCUUAUGACACGAUGAUCCAGACGAGUCGCACGCUGAUCGAAUCAGCCGACGUCGUAUACUCUAAACUCACACAAGCACAGCGAGCAGUGACACCUCAGAUUCCACCCCACACAACAACAUGUCACAUCCAAUCAUCCAAUCAGGAGGCAGCCUAUUCUGAGAGGAUCAUCAUAUAUCACUGCCAUUGCCAUAGCAACCACAUUAAGUGUAACUGAGUGACUUUAUCUGUCAUUAAACACUCUCAUCUGUAUCAAACUUCAAAGGCACAGAAACACAGAAAAAUGUACCAGCCUUCUCAUUAAACAAUGGCUCAGAGCAAUACAAAUGAUGCCUUGCCCAGCAAAUCUUUUGUUAUUUGCAACCUUAUUUCUCUUUUGUCCUUGUUAGGGAUGUCAAAAGUAGCAAUAGUUUGUUACCGAGUCGAUACUGAAAUAAAAUAAAAAGUAACGAUUCCAGUCUUUUUAUAGUAUCGCAAUACCGAGGACUGACUCAAUUCAGUACCCGAGCGCUGUCUCGCUGCUUUUGAACUCUCACAUGUGUAUGUGCAUGCAGCAAAUGCACAUCUUGGUCACAAUUCAUGUCCUGAUUAGAUAUCCACAUUAACACAUUCGGUAAUGCUUUUGGUGAAUGUAAACAGGUUUUGUGUCAAAAUAUGGGAUUAUUACACCUUGCAGUGUAAAUGUAUCCUAGAUUUUAAGCGUAACUGAACUGCCGCUGUCUAUUAUGUUGUUACUGUUUAUCAAACAACAAUAUUGUCAAGAAAAAGAGAAAACCACUUGCUUCUCUUGAUUGAAUACCUUUAUUAGCUUUAAUAAGCUCUCUACAAUCGAACAUGAACGCAAAUAUAGGCCUAAAGUUAAAAAACAGUGACUAAUUUUAUCUAGAUACUGUAUGUACAGUUUGUCAGGACAUACUUGAAGGCUACAUACCAUAGUUUUAAUUAAAAAUUAUUAUUAUUAUUAUUAUUAUUUAUUAAAGAAGUAUGUUCACAGAGUUUUUUUCUGUGACAUCAAAAUUGUUAUAGAGAAUUGUAAAAAUUCACUGGUUUUUGGUAUGGACCAGGAUCAAAAAUAUACUUUUUACUAACGUCAAUAUUUGCCCCUGGAUUUUAUUUUCAAGGCCAUUUUUUAAAGUUGUUACCUUUAAAAUUAAAUCAGCAUCAACUCGUGUUCAACUAGAAUUUUGUUUGAUAAUUUAUUUUUUAAAUAAGCCUAGAAUAAUAUAUCAUACAGACACAAAUAAAACAAGCGUGAGCUCUUGAAAAUUAAGUUACUGUGUCGACAUUUUUGCAAAACAAAAUGAUGUGCUUCAUUUCAGUUUACUAGUGAGAUUUCCAGUGGGGGCCCCAAAAGCGAGUGAAAUGGUGUCGUAAUCAGACGAGGUUUCAAAGGUGAAUUUUAGACAGAGGUUUUAAUGAGUAUAACGUACCUCCAUAACCAAAAAACUUAAAUCUAAACCUAACUAAUAUUGUUCUAAAGGCAAAUGAGAAGUGAACAAAACAGACAUCCUCACCCUAAACCAACACCUAAACCUAACUGAUAGUGUCCUAAGAAAUGCAAUAUGAAAAGCACAUUUUCUUCUGUGACACUUUUGCCUCACGUGUCAACUUGGACAGGUGAAUUACAAUGGAAGCUACUCACAUUGGAAUAAGUGUGUAAAUGUUGGUGGGUCUGUAAUACAAGCAUUAAAAUGUUUUGUUUUUCAAAUGAUGCGUUAGAGCAAAAGCAAGCAGAUAUCAUAACAUAGCAGUGUGUGAGUGUGAAAAAUAAGUGUUUAUAAAGUAAUAAUCAGCCACUGAAGUCAUGUUUUGUGUGAUAGUGAAUAAAAUGAACAGUUGUUGUAGCCCCUCUAGUGUUGAUUUCAACAGGAAACUGUGACGAAAAGUAGAACGAGGCAUGUCAAACUCAGUUAGCAAAAAUAUAAUCAAAGUAUGUUCAUUCUAUGAGACUCGGUUGCACAAAACAGAAGAAUUCAUUACAAAGGCAUUUUUUGCCUCCACAUUUUGAAUUUUGGGAGCAUUUUUGUCAAUUUCAUUGGCAUUUUUACCCUGAACCCCUGUCCAUUUAUGACCCUGGUAUUGACUACUGAAAUGCUGGUAUUGUGACAACCCCAGUCCUAAUCUUGUUUUCCAUUUUGUCCUCUCCUUUCCUCAUUCAUUUCACAAGCGCUUCCUCACUGCAUGCCUUUGAACACAAGUAGAUUCAAAUAAACAAAUUUGGAUAACGAUGUUGUUAGAAAACUGACAUAGUAAGCAAAUGAACUUGGAGUGAGUACAGCUGUCCUCUUUUGCAGAUGUGCACUUGUAGCCUCAGGGCCUGUACAAAAUCAUAUGAAUGCUGAGUAACUACAACCAGUUUGACAUAAAAAGAGUGUUUAUGACUAGCAAGCCUUGCAGUAGCAGUGUGUUUGCAUAAAUUUAGCUUUGGCUGUGGAGAUGAGAGGACCUGUGCUUGGAGUGAAUGCCAACUGUGCGAGGUGGACAAUGAGCAGGUGUUAGGGAGCAUUUUGACUCCUCCAGGCUUAGCGCCCAGAGAGGCAACAUCUGAACUUGCAGAAUUGAAGUGUUCUCAAACAUAAUUCACACCAACAGUUCUCUUACACACAUGCUCUGUCCACUUCAGCUGAAGUACAUACUGUACCUUGUGUUGCAUUGAUAUGAAGCAUGUCUGUGUCACAAGUGUAUGUUCAUGUCUGCGCAUUUGUUCAUCUGGAUGUUUUUAACCAGGCAGUGGACUGAAGAAACGAAGUGAGAAAGCAGGUCAGAAGAUGUAUGGGUGUAAUUAUAAUACCACUUUGCAGUCACUUCUUUGAACCUUUGAAUAUUUACGUAAUAAUUUGACCAAAAAUGAAAAUCAUUUAUUCACUGUAUGUUAUUCCAAACCUGUAUGGCUUUCUUCUGUGGAAUAUAAAAGAUGUUAGGCAGAAUGUUAGCCUCAGUCACCAUUCACUUCUAUUGUAUGGAAAAAAGAUGCAAUGAAAGUGAAUGGUGACUGGGGCUAACAUUCUGCCUUACAUCUUGUUUCUCGUCAGACGUUACAGUACUCACAUGGGUGAGUAAAUGAUGACAGAAUUUUCAGUUUUGGGUCAGAAGUUCAGAUUACACAUUACAUUUCUUUGUUUGGAUAUUUGUGCCACAAAUCACUAACAAAAAGGUACCAAAGAUUUUGGGCUAUGGUACCAUGGCAAUGCCAUGAUUUUUUGGGACAUGUUUCAUGGAAAUACCAUUUUGUUUUUAACAUUUAAAAUGGAAGUACCAUGGUAUUACCAUCUGAUAUUAUCCUUGUACUGCCACUGUACGUUUUGUAAGGGAAUGACUGCUAUUGCACUGAACAGUUGAUCGUUUGUAGCACUUUUAAAUAGUUUUAUUACAGAUUUUUGACGUAAAAAACGUAAAACAACUUUUUUAUUACCAGCUGUUAGAUUGGCUCACUUAGUGACACCAUCCAUCUGUCUGUCCAUCCAUACAUCCAUGUGCUCAGUUUUUUUAUUCUCCUCCCUACUGGGAAUGAUAUGGAGUGAGUCACGGCUGUGAUUUGGUUGCCCUGUGGCAGCUUGUCAGAAAAAGAGCAGCCUCUACCAAUAACAAUGCUCUUAUUUUCUUCUGUGAUAUCAUUGCCCAUAUCUUUUACAAAUAAAAAGCAAAUUCUUGAGGUUCACGUUACGCUGGUUAGUUGCAUAACGGAAUGUUGAUUGCUGGAAU